AUGGGAAUCGGUGCGAACCGAUCCAACUCCAAGUCCCCCUCGGUCCGACCUCAAGCGCUGCCAACAGGCAACUCGAGCAACGCGCCGUUCACCAACUCCGCCAACCCCGCCGGAGGACUUACACGGGGGCAACAGCAGAAUGACCGACUGUACCUCUGCUUGCCCUUCGUCAAGGCCGCUCUCGUCAAGGGCAACUUCAAGACGAUCGUCGCUCUGCCGAAAUGUGAGCCGGCACCACCCCGCCUUACCCGUCGUGGCGCUGGGCAGCGAGGGCCGCCACGUAUACUGGACCGUUUGCAAGUCGGUCCACUAAUUCGGAGUAAUUGCUUCUCUUUGAUGUCAGAUGUCGAUGUCAAUGAAUGGGUUGCGGUCAACCGUGAGUGUGACAAUGCCUCAUCGUACACCUGUACCAGAGCUUGGUGGAGCGACGGUCGAAGCUUCUGCGCGCUGCCUUCACAUAAAAUAAAUCAAAAUUACUGACCCCUCCUUGAGCACAUCUGAUCGAUGCCGCAGUCGUCGACCUGUUCAACAACCUCAACUUGUUCUACUCGGUCGUGACCGAAUUCUGCACGAUCGAGAACAACCCGACCAUGUCGGCAGGCCCAGGGUCAGUGGUGAAGCUUUCUGCAAAGGCGGGGCGAGAGCCAAGCUGAUCUUGCUAUGCUCUUGAAUCGUGAGGAUAACAGGAUGGACUACACGUGGAUCGAUGCGAACCGAAAACGCGUCAAGCUGCCCGCACCUCAGUACAUUGACUACGUGCUCACAUGGGUCGAAGGUUUGAUCAAGGACGAAUCAGUAUUCCCUACCAAAGCAGGUCAGUACAGUACCCAUUUAGCUCACGCGAAUACCCAUAGAGCUUGUGUUGACUCUGCCUCGCGAUCGCUUCAGGACGCGAGUUCUCGCCCAACUUCCCCUCGGUCGCCCGACACAUCUACACCCAACUGCUUCGCAUCUUUGCCCACCUCUACCACGCCCACUAUCCGAUCUUCCUCCACUUGUCCUCAGAGGGACACCUCAACUCCUUGUUCGCCCACUUCUUGACGUUCGGCAGGGAGUUCGAUCUCUUGGAGGAGAAGGAGACUAGGGCACCCAAAGAGGGCUGGCCCUUUGUGAUUGGGGAUCUGAUGGAUGUGAGUCGACCCCUUCAGUCUCAGACCUUGGCGACAGUAGGCGCAGUGAGCUGAUCCCAAACCAUGUCUCGGCCUUGCUCAUCGAAACCGAACAUCAGGCCUGGAAGGGACUCGGUAUCCUCGAACCCUGA